CCAACCCCAAAACUCAGGCGAAACGCUAACUACUCUAACAUCUACUAUAGCCUCUCUGCCUGUAAGUCAUGCAGUCGCUGCUCUUGCCGGUAGCUCGCACCGGUGCCUUCCCGGCCGCCGCAGUCUAUUCAUCGGAUUUUCACCUCAGCCGCUUCCAUUGCCGGCCUUUCUCUGUACGAGGCCGUCAAGCGUCCGAUCUCAAUUCUCCUUCCAAUUCACUUCCUUCGUUAAGCGCCAUUCGAUCUUCUUCUUCUUCUUCGUUGUUGCUUUCAAAGACUUUUGGUACUCUGGAGCAUAGGAGAGGAAAAUUUUGUUUGGAAACACGAGCUUCUUCUAGUUCCAUUUCGCCGACGGUUCCCCCAAUUGAUGAGGCUGAAAAGUUGAAACUGGCUCAGGUGGCAAAGAGAUUAGAGAAGACAUCGAGGUACUUCAAGAGGUUGGGUAAUCUUGGAUUUUGGGGACAGUUGGUGCUCACUGUUGUGGCUGCCGUUAUUCUUUCAUUUUCUGUUGUCAUCACCGGGAAAAUUACAUCACCUGCCACUUUUUAUGCUACUGCUGGUGGUAUUGUGGCAGCUUUCAUUUCUGUAUUUUGGUCCUUUGGUUACAUUCGGCUUUCUGAUAAACUUCGACGGACUGCAAACCAGCCCUCCAAGGCUCCUCCUCGGGCCGAUGUCGUGAAUAGUCUAAAAAAUGGAAUUGUGAUGAACCUUCUGGGCAUGGGUGCUGCCAUUCUGGGGAUGCAAGCGACGGUGGGAUUGUUAGUUGCUAAGGCUCUUACUUCCUCUGCAACUCCAUAUUUCCAGGCAGCCUCGCCUGGGAAUAGCCCUGUUCUUGCUUUGGAUGUAUUCUUGGUACAGGCUUCUGCAAACACUAUCCUCUCGCAUUUCCUCGGGCUCGUUUUCUCGUUGGAGCUACUGCGGUCGGUGACAUUACCUGCUGCUGAGAGCAUUCGUAUCCCCCAAAUAGCAUAGCCUCCACCGUCGUCCUUCUAGUUGGUUAAUGCAGCAGCGGAUUCAACAUCGGAGGUGACGUUGUACGAAUUGAUCGAUUAUUUUAGCGUAAUUAAAGCCAUUUGUAUUUCUGUUGUGACUGUUGAGAUCCAUCUGAUUAGGAUACUCUCGUUUCUGGUGUGAGUGGAAAUCAAAAGCCUUUCUUGGUCAUGAAGUUUAGCUUCAAA